AUGCCACAAGCCACCUGCCGCAAAUUUAAAAUUAUGAACCAACCUGUCAUCCUUUAUGCCUUAGAACGGCGCCAAAACGGCGCCAAGAAUGUGUUUCUCACUAAGUCAGAUGUAGAGGGCAUCAUCCGGAUCAAGCAGGGCGACCAGCAGGCGCCCUCAGGCCGGCGGCGGCGGGGUGCGGGAGGGGGGGCGGCAGUGCAGGGCGGCGCCAAGAACUACAGCAAGAAGGUGCUGCAGUUCUUCCAGGUGCUGAAGGGCGCUGGCGGUCAGGACAUCCUGUGCCGCUGCGUCAAGCGCAGCGGAGAGUGGCGGUGGUGCCCCGUGGUGCCGCUCGAGGAGCUGCCCCGAGUGAUCAAGGAGCACCACGAGCGGGCGACUGGCUUCAGCGGUGUGGAGAAGCUGUACACACAUAUCAAGCGGCCCUUUGGCGUGACCAUGUACCGGCUGCGGAGCGGAGCUGGAGUGGUGGAGGGUAUGCAUCAGGCCAGCAGGCUAUCUAAGGCGCCACCCAGCCUGGCCAGCGAGCUGACCUUCAGCGGCACGGCGCAGCGAGGAGUGCCUGUGGUGUCUCUCAAUGUGGCGAUGGCGGCGCAGCCCGGCGGCGGCAAGGCAGCCGUGCGCUGCGGCUGCCGCGGCGCCUGCACCCGGAACUGCAGCUGCAAGAAGAAUGGUGCGCGGUGUGGGCGGCACUGUGGCUGUAUAACCGAGCCCUACCUGCGCUGCAUCGACCCAGCCCAGUACAAGGCCUUGAAUCCUCCGUGGCUGGCAGAAGCGGCUGCCGUCGCCAGCAGCCCCGCCCCUCCGGACCGCGACGCUGACGCUGCGCUGCCGCCGCCGGCGCGGCAGGCGGUGCUGCAGCUGCGCGAGGCCGCCGCUGCCGGCGAGGCGGCCGCGCAGCUGGGCCACGCCGUGCGGCGCUCGCUGUUUCUGCUGGAAGAAGGAACCACCUACCUGAACCACGGGAGCUAUGGCGCCGUUCUGCGUCCCGCGCUGGAGGCACAGCGGUACUUCCAGGAGCGGCUGGAGACGCAGCCGGUGCGGUUCAUGGAGACAGAGGCGCUGCAGGCUGUGCGCCAGGCCCAGCUGGCACUCGCAGAGAUGGUGGGCGCAGACCCUUCAGACCUGGUGUUUGUGCCCAACGCCACCACCGCCGUGAAUGCCGUGCUGCGCUCAGUAGAGCUCGGACCUGGGGACCUGCUGCUCAUCGCCACCACCACGUACCCAGCGGUGCGCAGCGCGGCGGCGCGGGUGGCGUCGGCGGCGCGUGCAUCUCUGCUGGAGGUGGAGCUGCUGGAUGUGCUGGCUCAGCCUGAGGCCAUCCUGGCACGCUAUGAGGCGGCCCUCAAAGCGGGCGGCGGCAGGGUGCGCCUGGCCAUCCUGGACCAGAUCAUCAGCCUGGCGCCGGUGCACCUGCCGGCGGCCGCGCUGUGCACGCUGUGCGCCCGGCACGGCGCCGCCAGCCUGGUGGAUGGCGCGCACGCGGUGGGCGCGGUGCCGCUGGGUGUGGCCGCCCUGGGCUGCGACUACUACACCUCAAACCUGCACAAGUGGCUGUGCACGCCAAAGGGCGCGGCCUUCCUGUGGGCGCCCAGGAGGCACCACCGCCGCCUGCUGCCUCUGGUCACGUCGCACGGCUAUGGGCUGGGAUUCCAGGGAGAGUUCCUGUGGAGCGGCACCGCCGACGCAACAGCCAUCAUGGCGGUACCGACAGCAAUCGCCGCGAUGCGCGCCCUGGAGCCGGCGGCGGCGCAGUACCGCCGCUCCCUGCUGCGAGACGCGGUGGCGCUGCUCGGGCAGAGCUGGGGCACGCGGGCGGCGCUGGGGGUGCAGGCCCCGGAUGCCUGCAUGUGCGCGGUCGAGAUGCCGGCCUUCAGCGGCCGCCCGCCCAGCGCCCAGCUGGCGGGCAGCGUGCACGCCGCGCUGCGCAGCCGCCACGCGAUCGAGGUGCCCGUGGCCUAUGCGGCGGGCCGGCUGUGGUGCCGCAUCUCGGCUCAGAUCUACAACGAGCUGGCAGACUACCGGCGGCUGGCGGAAGCUGUGCUGCAGCUGGCGGCGGAGCAGCCUGGGGCCCGCGGCGCCGCCCCCAGCUGA